CGGGAGGCUGCAUUGUUCCAGCUGAUGCGGCACGGGGUCUCCGGAGCAGUAGGAGCAGGGACCCCCUGACCGGGAGGGGGGGUUGGGGGCAGAUAAGGCGCACGUACCCCCGGUACCAUGUCACCUGCCCCUCCCAGGGCAGAUUAGAGCGGUGCGAGCGGCCCCCGGGGACAGCUGCGUGUUACCCCACUCGCUGGGGUAUUUAAAGAGACUGCCCCAUGGCUUUCCAGGGGCCCGGCCGCUCCCUCUCUGGGCAGUUGUGCACCGGGGUGUUCGGGGGGCUUAUCCAGCCGCCUCUGGGGCAGAAGUUUUACUGCCAUAAUGGUGGUAGUGGGGGAGGGGUGCCAGCUGUGCCCUCCCCUCUCCCCCAGGCCCUCAGUGCCCCCCAUCACCCUGGGGCCCCCCAAUGCAAUGGAGAGGGCAGAGUGGAGCCAGAACCGGACCGGCCCAUCGGAUAUGGGGCAUUUGGCGUGGUGUGGUCGGUCACUGAUCCGCGGGACGGGAAGCGCGUCGCCCUGAAGAAAAUGCCGAACGUUUUCCAGAAUCUGGUGUCCUGCAAGAGAGUCUUCAGGGAACUCAAGAUGCUCUGCUUCUUCAAACACGACAACGUCCUCUCGGCGUUGGAUAUCCUGCAGCCCCCCCAGAUUGACUGCUUUGAAGAAAUAUAUGUGAUCACGGAGCUGAUGCAGACCGACCUGCACAAGGUGAUCGUCUCUCCGCAGCCGCUGAGCGCUGACCACAUCAAGGUCUUCCUGUACCAGAUCCUGCGAGGGCUGAAGUAUCUGCACUCGGCUGGCAUCCUGCACCGAGACAUCAAGCCGGGGAACCUUCUGGUCAACAGCAACUGUGUAUUAAAGAUCUGUGAUUUUGGCCUGGCUCGGGUCGAGGAAUUGGACGAGUCCCAGCACAUGACCCAGGAGGUGGUGACCCAGUAUUACCGCGCCCCCGAGAUCCUCAUGGGGAGCCGCCAUUACCGGAAUGCCAUCGAUAUCUGGUCUGUGGGCUGUAUUUUCGCCGAGCUCCUGGGGAGGAGGAUCUUGUUCCAGGCCCAGAGUCCCAUCCAGCAGUUGGAUCUGAUCACUGAUCUCCUGGGGACCCCUCCUCUCACCGCCAUGCGCUCGGCCUGUGAAGGUGCUCGGGCUCAUAUCCUGCGUGGCCCUCACAAGCCGCCGUCCCUCUCGGUGCUGUACAUGCUGUCUGGUGAAGCCACCCACGAGGCUGUCCACCUCUUGUGUCGGAUGCUGCUCUUUGACCCGCUGAAGCGGAUCUCCGCCAAGGACGCGUUGACUCACCCGUACCUGGAAGAAGGCCGUCUGCGCUACCACACCUGUAUGUGUCAUUGCUGCUAUUCCGUGUCCUCGGGACGUGUGUACACUGCAGACUUCGAGCCGACGGCCAGCAGCCGGUUCGACGACUCCUAUGAGAAAAGCCUCACUUCGGUUUGGCAAGUAAAAGAACUGGUUCAUCGUUUCAUCACCGAUCAGCAGCAGGGGAAACGUCCCCCGCUGUGCAUCAACCCGCACUCCGCAGCCUUCAAAACCUUCAUCAGAUCCACGGCUUGGCAUUCCUCAAAAGUGUCCAAGAAGGAGGAAAGAUGAGAGACCUUCCCAUAUUUCGGGAAAUUGGGCUCGGAGGGGGGGUAGUCCCUCACAGCAUGAUGUCUGACCCCCGUCAGCUGCCGUACACGGGGUUCUUCUCCUGAUACCUCUUCUCUCUCUCCUCAAAUUUGCUUUUCGAUCGGUUUUAAUGUUCUCACCUUUCUCUAUAAUUGGUAUGUUAGCUGUGUUCACGUCCCAGGAUGCUGUGCGAUUCCAUAUCUCACCCGAUUAGAUGGCCGGGGGGGCAGUGACGGCCGAGGGACCGCUUUACGGAUAAAGGAUGUUGUAAAUAUUUUCUAUACAGAGACUCUUCUGCCUUGUCCUCAUCUCCCUGCCCAUCACUGCCCUGGAGA